AUGUGGGUAUGGGUGUCUCAUCCUUUCGAUCGUACAAAGGUUGCCAAGGCAAUUGUACGAGAAGCAACGGGAAAGGACACACAUACCUCAACAUGGAAUCCUUUGUUUGGAGAAUUAUGCGAGUCGGUUAAGGGGAAGAAAUUCUUACUUGUGCUCGAUGAUGUGUGGACUAAUGAUCCUAACAAUUUGAAGGAUCUGACACAUUUACUUGAUCUUGGAGAACAAGGAAGUCGUCUUUUAGUUACUACCCGUAGUGUAAGUGUCACAUCCGCGUUAAACUCGUACAGACAUAUAUUGCAAGAUUUAAAUUCCGACGAUAGCGGUUUAUUAUUAUCCCGUAAAGCUUUUCAUGGGAAGGAGAAAGAAAAGAGUGAACUUUUAAAUGAUAUUGGCUCCCAGAUAUCAGACAAGUGUGGCGGCUUACCACUUGCUCUAAGUCUAAUAGGAAGUCUCUUGAACAAAAAAGUUAAUGAAAAGCAUUGGAGACAUGUACUAGAAAGCAAGAUUUGGGAACUAAAAGGAUUUGAUCAUCAAAAGAAACUUCUAUAUCCAAUUUUCUUAUUAAGUUACGAUGGUCUAGAGUCAGAACUGAAAAACUGUUUUCUAUAUUGUGCAAUGUUUCCAAAAGCUUGUUAUAUACGAAAGAGUAGAUUAGUUAGGCUCUGGAUGGCACAAGGUUUUCUUAAUUCAAGUAACGAAGAAAAAGAUCCUGAGUUAAUUGGCGAGGAGUACUUUGAUGAAUUAGCAGAUCGUUCAUUUUUCCAAGAUUUCUCUAAGGAUAGGGUUCGUGGCGAAGUUUACUGUAAGAUGCAUGAUCUUGUUCAUGAUUUUGCUCAAUUUCUCACAAAGGAUCAUUGUUAUGAGUCAAUUAACAAUGAAGACACAUUCUGUUUGAACCAAAAUAGGAAUCCCAUUCAUUUGAGUUUAAUAUAUGAUGAUCGUUGUACGGACCCUAAUUCCUUUCAUGAUUCAAUAAGAAAAGUUUACAAUGUCCGAACUGUCCAAUGUAUGAGGUAUAGGGCUCCGGACGAGGAUUACUCAUUCAGUGUUGGUAUUCUCUCUUCUGAUUUAGUUCAUCACCUAAGAUAUCUCCGGGUACUGAAAUUGAAAGACAUGGACAUAACACAUGUCCCUAAUGAAAUCGAUAAACUCAUACAUUUAAGAUAUCUCGAUUUGUCUUUUAACGAGAACUUAGAAGAAUUGUCUGAUUCUAUUUGUGGUCUAAUUAACCUACAAACUUUGAAACUGAAAUGGUGUCAGAGCCUUGAAAGACUUCCUAAAUAG